UCCGUUAGUUUUAUGUGUGUCCCGUGUGUAUGCAGUCCCAUCCCAGCAGUGGGAAGACCUUAUCUAGAGAUAUUUUAGCAUGAACGUGUGUUAAUAUCCUUUUCAGCGUCUUAUGCUGAGGCUUUAGACAUUAGAAACAGCUGUGAGAGGGGAAUUUACUCACUAUCCAGGAUACUGUACAGAUUUUUACGGUAAGGGAAGAGGGGAGGAGGUGAAGAAGGGAGGGGGAGGAGAGCAGGAGAUGGGGGAAGACAUCACUGCCUCCCCAACCACCACCAUCGCCAAAGGAAACACUGUAAUCUCAAGGAACAUCUCAACGAAUUCCUCAGGAAUCUUCACGAAGUAACCCCGCAGGCGUCCAACAUACAUUUCAGCGUCGUUGAUUCGGAUUAUCCGACAUUGCUCCUUUGUAAAACCGACCAAUCGCAUGCACCACUAGUAUAACCAGCCUGUCCUACAUUUCGACUCUUAUUUAUUUAUUUGUCACAUUUACACCGCGUUUCAGGCGAACGCUUUUUGCCUAUGUAGACACUAAAUAGCUCCGUGUGCACUGGAAAAGCUUUAGGGCGGAGAGAGACGGAUGCGGACGGACAUUGUGAUCCCUGAUAAUACAGAAGAGAAGAGAUGCUCCACAGGGAUUAUUUUAAACCUCCGUGUUGACCUCUCAUCCCAUCCCGAGAAGCAGGAACAAACGCAAUUGUGUUUCAGUGCUUCACAGAAGCCGAAUACGGAGAAAUUAAUGCUGCCAAUUACGAUUUAAAGCACUGAGGAGAGAGGUUAUAAAGAGGAAAUGGAGCUUUUUCUUCGUGCCUGGAUGAGGAAUGUGGAGAUCCAUUUACAGUGACAGACAUCUCAUGUGCCUCCUAAGAGUUAUUUUAUGGUUUAACCGCUGUAAUAACAAUUGACAGUGAAUUUGUGUACAAUAUGGGGAGCGACAGUGAAAUACUGAACCGGGAGCUGUCAAAGAUGUCUGAUGAAGACUUGCUGGCUUGUUCCAAGGAAGAGCUGGUGAGUCGACUCCGCAAGGAAGAAUCGGAAAAGAUGUCCGCUCUCAUACAGCGCGGUCGAUUAAUCAAGGAGGUCAAUAAACAACUGCAGGGACAUCUGCUUGAAAUCAGGGAACUCAAAGUCAUCAACCAGAGGCUGCAAGAGGAGAACCAGGAGCUUCGGGAUUUAUGCUGCUUUCUGGACGACGACCGUCUGAAGGUGAAGAAACUCGCCCGUGAGUGGCAACUAUUCGGCCAUCACGCUGCUAAAGUGAUGCGCGAGGACCUCGGCGGAUACCUCAAGAAGCUCGCCGACCUGGAGAGGAUGCAGGACGGUCUGGUGAAGGAGAAUCUGGAUCUGAAGGAACUUUGUCUGGUGCUCGAGGAAGAGUGCGUGAGCAGGAGCGAUUCCAGCCCGGGCGGCUCCACGGAUCUCAACAUCCCGUGCAUGGUGGCCCGGGACGUUGGUGACGGGAGCUCCAGCACCGGGAGCGUUGGCAGUCCGGACCAGCUGCACUUGGUGUGUUCACCAGAUGACUGAAGGAGAGGAGCAGAGCCAUAUUUACCCUUCUCUCUCGAUGCUGAGACGGACUUUUUAUGUCUACUAAAGUAGUUUACAUUUUCUGACAAUGACAUCUCAGCUAUUUCGGUGGAAAUAGACCAGGACUUCUAAAAGUAGGCUAGUUUACGCAUGGCCUUUUGAUGCCAUAAAUACAGUUUCUCUAUAUUUCAGUGAUUAACAUUUUAUAGUUGGCAGACCUUGAACACUUGAGUGAAUUUAAUGGGUGCCAGGCAAAACUAUUAUUUUUAAGCUUUAAAGCGACAGCCUUUUCUUUCAAAACCAGUCAUCCUGCUGGGAAAUCCAGUUUGAAGGGAUAGUUCACAUAGCAGUUCAUCAUUUCUCCCCAUGGUGUAAUUCAAAAACUGUAUGCCUUUCUUCUGUGGAACACAAAAGAGGGAAAUUCUGAAUAAUCUCCAUUCUGGUUAACUGUUUUUAUUCAUGCAAUAAAUUCAGUGCACUUAAAAACAACCCAGCACUGGGUGAAAUAUAGAGAAACCCAGCAACCACUAGGUCAAAAAAACCCAAUUGCUGGGUCAAAACAACUGGGUUUUUCCCUAUUUUACCCAGCGCUGGGUUGUAUUUAACCAGCAUUUCUUAAAGUGGUGUCCAAAGCAGAAUUGGACGCCAUUGAAUUUAAUUGUGUGGACGUGUGUUUUGCAAAAAGGGGUUCGCAGAGUUGAUGAAAAGCUAGCAAAUAUUAAAAAAAAAAAAUGUUAACAUUACAAUAAGUACAAAUUUUAAAUAAAACUCAAAAUAUUUUAUUACCUGCAUGUCUUGCUGAUCAUUAACCAAAUUAUUUAGCUUUUAAAUUAUUAAUAUAUUAACUACUUGGUCAAAGUUGUUCAGCUGGCAAAAUAUAUUAGGAAUAUUUGGUAUGGACUAAAUAUUUUUUUAGUCUUCUGCAGAAGAAAGUCAUACAGAUUUUCAAUGAACCUGAAUGAAUUGUUUUGGAUUUGCUUUCUUUUUAAGCUGGUAGCUUUGUUUUUGGAACAUGGCAGCUGGUUUCUACCUGGUCUAAGCUAGUCAAAAACUCUUUUGACCAAGAUGAUGUGAUAAACCGGUCUAAAGGCCCGUUCGCACCAAGAAUGAUAACUAUAAAGAUAACAAUAAAGAUAUAGUUCUAAAAAUCAUUUCAAAUAUUAUGAGUCCACAGCUGAGGAAUGAUAAAAACAUUGACACCCAGUCAGAAUCAAUCCUGCUGUAACAGGCUUUAGAAUUAAAGCGACAGACGCAUGUGCAACACUAAUUUAGAUAUUUUUAUAGUUAUCUUUAUAGUUAUUGUUCUUGGUGUGAAUGGCCCUUUAAGAUGGCCUUCCGGCUUGAACUUUCUAGAAGCCGUCCACCAUGUUUCAAAAGCUUCCGCUUUUCCAGCAGGCCUAUUUAUUGUAUUAGUAGCAUUAUUUGAAUGUAUGAUUUCCAGGUGUUGCUGGAAUGUUUCCUCUCAUCUCUUACAGGGGUUGUAGAUAGGGGCAAAAAAAUUUAGUUUUGGGGUUGACAUUUUAAACAACAUUGGGAGAAACUAACCAUACUGCUAACUUGUACCAGGUUUUACUGUGCACUGAUCUGUUCACGGGCUGAUGUUUCUCCUACGAUGCACUAUGACAGGGCUGCAAUGAAUCUUGAAUCUUUAGCGAUUCACAUUUUUACUGAUUAGAGCCAUAUAACUAUGUAGUGAUCUGUUUAAGAUCAUUUACAAUAAGCACUGAAUCUUUUUCAGCAAUGGAGAGGAAAUGGCUAGGAUUGUAAGCAGAUUGGAUUUUUUGUGACGUAAUAUGGCUAUUAUCACGGAGGCCCGAGAAUGAUUCACUGGAAAUGCACAUGUUACUAGACCACUUUUCUACAGUAUGAGAUUGUUUUUUCUCGUUUAUUUUGAACUGGACGGUAUAAUUCACUAGAUGUAGUGACGUGUGCUCCACUAAACAACGUUGCUGUGCUCUGCACUGAAUCCAAAAUGAACUUUCUUUUGCAUUAACCCCACUUUAACUACACAGCUGUUCUGUACAAAGCUUUUUGUGUUCAGUUGUUGCUUUAACGAGACUUUAUUAAUUAAUACACACUGAAUUGACACUGAUGUUUGGAGGGGAAAACAUUGACAUGUAGUUUUAAAAUUAUUGUGCUAGAUAUUGUUAUUAUUAUAGUCAUUUUUGUUGUAUUUGCUGCAUACUACAAGACCCUCCUACAUAGGGAUUGUUCUGUUGUACAUGUUUUAAUCCAGAUAUAUGAUCAGUAUUAUUUCAAUGACUGCAGUUUUAUAGCUACAAGACCCAGCUCUCUGAUUGGUUGGCAUUUGCUUUGUGUAAGGCUAUGCUCAUUGUGAGUGACAUAGCUUUAAAUACACUUGACUGACACACCA